CGAUGGCAGCUUUCACCAGCUUUGUUCGCAUCUGCCACAUUAACGAGUGUUCAUCAAGGUGAGGUUCGACCGAGUCGUCUCCAGAGGAGUAGUGUUGAUGCGCCAUUGUUUGUCUGUCAGCUAACUAGUUAUUUUCGUCUACUCUUGUCUUCCAUGCAUGCGUGGUGCACUUUUCCUUCUUCCUUUGUACUUUGAUGGUAUUAUCUGAAGUGUCAAUUGACCAUGACGAACUUGCCCUGCUCCGGGGUUCGGCGGCUAAACAGCACCUCAACAGCGUCUCCUAAGCCGCCCCUCGCCGGGACUUUAGUCCUUAAGAAUCGCAGUGGAGAAGUCCUUGGUCGUGGGUUAUAGUCCGAUCGAGCUACCGUGGUUUAUUUCGAGUGUACUAGCAUGUGUAGGGAAGAGUGUCUUUGCCAACCAAGAAAUUAUGAUCGGCCGUGACAAGAGCAGAUGGUGAGGAGGCAAGCCACGUGGAGGCCGUUGCUGAUCAAACAGUCAAUAUGUCCUGAAUGACCCCUACAUCUCAAAGAGACACGUGAGGAUCUACACCGUCGUGUAUGAGAAUGACGAGCCCAACGAGGUCGAAAAUCUUGUAUACGCGGAAGACCUCUCACAAAAUGGUGCUUUCUUAAAUGGAGACCUCAUCGGGAAAGGCAACGGGGGGUAUCUACUCAGCGAUGGGGACGUCCUUCGAUUGAGUCGCCAGGUCAACUUCACAUUCAAUGUCGCUAACAAGAAAGAGUCGAGGGUGACAUUUGACCUGACCCAGGAGACAGAGAUGGCCUCUUUUCGUCAGGAAUAUGUUGUUACGGACAGAUUACUUGGCGCCGGAGCCUUUGGAAGAGUGUUUAUGGCCAUCGAACAAGCCUCCCGAGCACAAGUUGCGUGCAAACUGGUCGAUCUCCGAAAGCUCAGACCAAAACCACGGAAUGUUUUUGGUCGUCUCGAACACCCUGCUCCUGCAGAAGAUGUCGACAGCAUGGCUCAGCUCCGCAAAAUCAAAACGUGGGGCAAUCAGAAGAAGAGGGAUCAAGGAGUCUUUACCAAGCUGAAAAUGUAUUUUCGUGAGAUCAAUAUCCUUGCAUCCCUUCGCCAUCCCAACAUAAUUCGACUUGAGAAGGUGUAUAUCACCUACGAUACCAUCUACAUGAUGCAAGAUAUUGUUACCGCCGGUGAUCUCUUCUCCUACAUAGAGUCUAAGAAUGGGAAGCUCCUCGAGGCUGAGGCGGCCGUGAUACUACGACAAAUCCUGGUCGCUGUGCGGUUUCUGCAUCACCACAACAUCGUCCAUCGGGAUAUCAAGCCUGACAAUAUCCUCAUGACCAGUCUAGCCGCUGGAUGCCGAGUGGUAUUGACCGAUUUCGGCGCAGCUCGAAGAGUCCCAGCCCAGCGACAUCGUAUGUCGACAGUGAUUGGCACACGCGAAUAUGCCGCACCGGAAAUGCUGCAGGUACGUCGUGAGCAGAAACAGUCUUCGAGUAGGCAAGGCUACACUCGCGCCGUGGAUAUGUGGGCAGUGGGCUGCGUUGCAGUAAUUCUCCUUACCGGUGGAAUGGCAUUCACCGAUCCUAUCACAUGCAACUUCUCAGAGGCGUUGGCUCGAAAUUGCAAUCUCGACUUCCUGCACAAGUCAAAGGAUUGGCAAGCUAUCAGACAACGGCCAAAAGAUUUCGUCGAGCAGUUGCUGGUAGUUGACGAAGAGUCAAGACUGACAGCUGUUGAUGCUCUGCAACAUCCCUGGUUCAGCAAUGAAGCUCACAAGAACGAUUUCGAGGACCUGUAUCAGCGAGCAAUCAAGCAUUGGCGCCCGAGGCCACCAAAAAGCCCGGUGAUCGACUAUCAAAACGGAUAUAUCAGAUGUCUGGCAGAGUCAUGGGGAUUUGAGGUUAGCAAGUUUCGCGGAGGAGAGCAGAAGCCGGUCGAGCCGCAUUAUAUGCCCUAUCCCACAAACGUCCAUCAAGCGCUUUCGCCCAUGGAGAGCCCGGAGAACAGGCUGUCGUUAGAAGUACUGCUGGCCGUGAAGAAGUGGUCCCCAGAAUCCGCCUGCAAACUAUCGUCCUCGUCGAAUCUAACAAAGGAGCAACGCCAAUUUUUCGUCGCAGAGGACGAAGAUGAGGCUGAAGGAACCAGGGACUCCAGAUCUCAAAGGCUUCCACAAAAGGAUACACCUCCGUCUGUGGUCGUGCUGACCGAGAAAAAUGCUUCGCUUAGUUCGGGCCGUAAGACGCAGGUUGGCCCUGAAGAGGAAAGCGAGGAAGCCACGAUUGCGGGAAAUAUCGCAAUGCACGAGUCCUCAAACGAAGGGCUCGCAACAAUUGCUGCCGAGAGGUCUCGACCGUCAGUCACUCCUGAAAUGGUCCAGACUUCGACGAGUAUGACCAAGCCUCCUCCGUCCGGACAGGAACGUGUACUUUCAGGCACCGGGCCCUCAAGCAGUACACCGGGACUCAAGAGAAGAAUAUCGACGAAAUCGAUCAAUCAGCGACCAAGAAAACACCGAGGCUCGAUUUUCGAUCUUAAAGAGGAUGGUGAUAGCGACAGCGGCAACGGAAAGUCAGCUAAACACACAGGACCAAAGUACUUGGAGCUCCUAGGCAAGCCCCAGGGGACAGCCAAGGGCCCCAUCACAGUACUUCGACAGCCUCAAUUGUAUCUUCCCAGGUGAACAUGCUUCGGUCUGAUCAACUUUUAAGAGUUGAACGAAAAAAAAGAAACCGAGGCUGGAAGAGGGGAUCCCAACAACUUCGUUGUCUGAGGCUGAAAACGGGACGGUAACUGAACAUGGGGCCUUUGUGGAUGGGAUCCAUCAUUAACGUCGUGGAUCUUGCAGCCGCUGAAGGCUGACUUCGUGCUGGCUUGACUUCUAAACUGGCUAGAUAGGAGGUGGUGGCUACGACGAUUGAGCUGGUUCCUCAGACGGAUAACACCCAGGAGGCAUACGUGAUACGCUCUACUUUGCUAUACAAUCAUCAAGACACUAGAAGGCACAAUCAGACAGGUAAAAAUAAUACACCUGUAAAUGAUGUUCAACCCA